GAGUUCUUUCAGGUUCGACGAUCUGAAAGCGUUCCUCUGCUGUGUGGAGCAGCAAAAUACUUCUAUCAACUCCACUGUAGCAUCUCUCUGCCAGCCCACGAUGUUUCAAUUGGCAAUCAACUACAGGUCACAUGGGGGCAUCGUCAACUGCGCUCAUUCUGUGAUCGAAAUCAUCACAAGAUUCUAGCCCAACACAAUCGAUAACCUUCAGCCAUAGCUACGCGCCAUUCGACCCAUGUUACUCCGAGUUCCCGGACCGCCGAGUCCAGCAGCUCCAAGCGCAAUGAAACGGAACCUUUGCAAUCCUCCGACAGGACUCUACGCUGCUGAGAUAUUCGCAGCCAAUGACGCAGUCAAUAAUCUCCUCGAUAUUGUUGUCGUCGGUCUGUUGUUCUCCCAUUUGUUUAAUGACUGUAUUUUUACCAUGGCUUUCGCAGAUAAUGUUGUCUGGGUCCGGUAUCAUGAUCGGCAGGGCAUUAGUCAAUGCUCGGGCAUCGACUUCAUCGAAGAUCUCCCACGAUUCAUAGUGCUGUUUUAUGCGUUUCAGCGAUUCAAGCUCGAGGAUUGGGGUCGAAACAAGCACUUCAAAGAAGUUGAGAAGGAAGCUUUGCAGAAACUCAAAAUUGGAAACGUGGAUCUUGUGCUGCACACCAGCGACGAAGACAGAGUGACUCACUACGGACUGAAAGGACGAAUAUCUCACCAAGAAAUCCAAGAAAUUCCCGGGAGUCCAAGAAGAUUGGAUUGUGGUCAAAAUCUUCUUGGUAGAGGAGCAACAGAUUAGUUAGUCGGACAUGUUAAGAAAGGUUUCCGAGAUCGCAGAGAAGCAAAAGACCAUGGACGACCGUGUUCCUCAGUUUCUUUGGUACCACAAGUUCGAGAAUCUCACAUCCGCAAUCCUGGAGACACUUGGUGUUCCAGAACAGAUCAGGGGCAGUCGCGUGCUCUACAUCACCGUAUCCCGCAAGCUCCGACCCAUCAUCGAGCUCCAAGGCGAAUACCUUUUCAAUGUGUGGCGUCAAUGUAUCUCACAUAUGUGACUCGUUUCCUUUAGGUGGACUUCCAUUGACG